GGCGGGGAUUUGGCGGCGCCCCCUCAGGGCGCGGGGCUGCCUCCUUCCCGGCAUGCCCCGCUCGCUGGGCCGCCCGCGGGCCGGACUUCGCCAUCGCGGGCGCCGCGGGGUGCGCUCCGAGCCGUCCCCGGAGGUCUGCUCUGGCCUUGUGUUCUGUCAAGCUUUAGGCUCAUACGGAGGAUGUGAGCGGAGCCCCGGGGAGCAUGGAGACCGUGGUGAUUGUUGCCAUAGGCGUGCUGGCCACCAUCUUCCUGGCCUCCUUUGCGGCCUUGGUGGUGGUGUGCAGGCAGCGCUACUGCCGGCCGCGAGACCUGCUGCAGCGCUAUGAUUCCAAGCCCAUCGUGGACCUGAUCGGGGCCAUGGAGACCCAGUCUGAGCCGUCUGAGUUGGAGCUGGACGAUGUCGUCAUCACCAACCCCCACAUUGAAGCCAUUCUGGAGAAUGAGGACUGGAUUGAAGAUGCCUCGGGGCUCAUGUCCCACUGCAUUGCCAUCUUGAAGAUCUGUCACACUCUGACAGAGAAACUUGUAGCCAUGACGAUGGGCUCAGGGGCCAAGAUGAAGACCUCAGCCAGUGUCAGCGACAUCAUUGUGGUGGCCAAGCGGAUCAGCCCCAGGGUGGACGAUGUGGUGAAGUCUAUGUAUCCGCCGCUGGAUCCCAAGCUCCUGGACGCACGGACCACUGCCCUGCUGCUCUCUGUCAGUCACCUGGUGCUGGUGACCAGGAACGCCUGUCACCUGACCGGAGGCCUGGACUGGAUUGACCAGUCUCUGUCUGCCGCCGAGGAGCACCUGGAGGUCCUUCGAGAAGCGGCGCUGGCGUCUGAGCCGGAGAAGGUUAUGCCGGGCCCCGAGGGCUUCCUGCAGGAGCAGUCGGCCAUCUAGCGGCCCUGGACAGCAUCUUCUGUAGGCUUAGCUUUGCUCUGUGGCUCAGGGGUCCAGCCGCGUGUGCACCAUGAGGAAGGGACCAGAGCUGGUCAUUGGGCACCUCUGUGGCUGGGGAGUGGCAGUCCAGCCCCACAGCAAGGGGUGGCCAUUCUCCAUCUUGACCACAGGGCUGGGCCCUUGGCCCUGUCUGGUCCUCCUAUGGGGUUUUCAGGAAAGCAGUCCCUCUUGAGGAAU